UCUCUCUAACCCCUUAAUGUAUGUUAAUUUAAGUGCAUAUUCCAAUUGUUCCUACUUCCUAACCUUUUAAACGUUUUAUAUUAAAUAAAAAACAAUUAUAACGGUUUUGAGACCAUGCCCAAUUGCCAAUUGGGUUCUCAAUACUAUAUAUUAAUAUCCCUUUAGAUUUCCGAACAAUUACGUUAAUAAUGUCUAGAGGGCCUCUACAAUCACAUGCAAGGAGCCAAACGGUAAUCAUCUUAUCACAUGAAAACAUGAUUAUAAAAUUACCUAAUCUUUUCAUUUUUAUAUUUUUCUUUUUGAACAGCCAACAGAAUCAAUCCCCGGUACACCCAUUGGACCAAACGGAACCUGAGUCCACCACCAAUUCUGGGAAAAAUCCGAUAACCCACCUGCCUGUAGGCACGACGAUGAAAUUACCGGUAAAACCCGUUUGCCUCAAGGAUCAAACCAAGGUUUUCCCUGGGUCUCCUAUCCUUGCUCACCAGUACCUCACUCUACAUCGAAUGAGAGUUGAAACUGCAUCUUUUAAGAGAAAUACAAGCCUUCCACCACUUGAUGACUUGAUCUAGUGAUGAUUGAACAUUUUUUUAUAUCUUUUAAAAAAGAAGAAUAAUAUCUUGGGAUACCCAUGAAAGUAAGGGCUCUGAAUUCAUGAUGAUACUCAUGAGAACAUUACCUUAAUACCCCAAUUAUUACUCAACACACCUAAUAUUCAUAUUCAUAUUCAUAUUUUGCCCCCCUUUUAUUAUAUGUUGCUUGCUUCACCUGCAAAUAUGCACUUAACAUCAUCUUGAUUCAUGGGCACCUCUAAAGAUUCAGUUUUUAUUUCUUCACUCCAACUUAACACACUUAUAUAACCUUUUUAGUUCCAUAAUUCUGCAUACUCUUCAAUCUUGAUUUCAAGAUUCAAGAUUUUUACAGGUACCCAUGUGUAAAAACUUAAUCUUUUGUUCAUUAAUGGUGUUUUUUCCCAUAAAUUUCAAAUCUUUUUCAUCUGGGUAUGUGUAAAAACUUAAUCUUUUGUUCAUUAAUGGUGUUUUUUUCCAUAAAUUUCAAAUCUUUUUCAUCUGGGUGUUUCAAAUUAGCAAUCUUUAUGACAUUUAGAUGGUGAUUACUGCUGUCUGGUAGCAAAACAACACUCAAAAAGUGAUAGAAUAUGCCUCAAGAAAGCCUGAGAUCAGUUGUGUACAAAUCAUUUGUCACUUGUGAAGAUCCAAGAGGUGUAGUUGAAGGCAAAACAAUCCGAAUUUCGAAAACCGGCCCUACAAAUAUGAGCACUCGAAGAACCGAAAAAGAAAAAGAAAAGAUGUCUCUUGUUGAGGUGAAAAACGGAGCGCAAAAUCUACACGAAGCGAUUGAUUUGUGGUCGAAAGGGGUUAGUUUCAAAACUCAACCGAAAGAUAUCGCGAAAGAUUUGCUAAAAGGGGCUCUUGAUCUUCAAGAAUCUCUCAUGAUGCUUGGGAAAUUGCAAGAAGUUUCAUGCAUGGCAAAUUUCAAGAGGAAACAAGAAAAACCAAGUGAAGAACCUUUUAGCAGAAUUGGUUCGGAUCGGUUUGAAAGUUUCGAAAUUUACGAUUCGGGUUAUGAAAAAGAACGAAAAUUGGCAAAUGGGUCAUCACGAGAUUGUUUCGCAGAACUUCGAGAAGUGAUUAUCGAAGGCCUUUCGAAACAAAAUCUUUUGCCACCAAACAAGUCUUAUCAAGAAAGUUCUUUUUCAAGCACAAACAAAGAAGGUACAAGGAAACCACAGUUGUCUCCGGACAUCGCUUCAACAAGCUCAAGCACGUCGUCUUCAAUGGUGCAUUCGACUCACGAAUUCACUUCUUUCGACUCUUUUUCAUCACGCGCUACAGACGAAAAGUCAAAAGGGUCAAACGUGAUCGCAAAACUUAUGGGUCUAGAAGAGUUUCCUGCAAAGCCACCAGGAAAGCAGUUGGAUAUUACUAGCAAAAUGAGGCCCGUUUACGAUGUAGAUUUGCCAAAUGCAAAGAAACCACAGCUUUUCGUUCAGAAAUCAGAUCGAGAACAUAUGCCGUUAGAUGAAAUCGUCAAAAUGAUGCAAUCUAAAGGACUUUUGAGAAGAAACAAGCGCGAAAUGAAACGAACUAGUAAAAGAUUUGAAGAUGAUGCAUCGCCGAUUGUUUUAAUGAGACCCCAACGUGUUGGGUCAUAUCCCGAUCACCCGAAAGUUAAAUUUCAUGAAAAUCCAAUCCGAAAGCUACAUCAAGAAAAGGCGAAAACCGAAGCUAAAAGUGUCAAAAACAGAAAGACAUCGAAAUCAAAGCUGGAUUCGCCUUCUACUAAGCGGAAAGCUUCUGUUCCUGUUGCCACAAAACCGCAGAGAAACCAAGAAGUCGAGAAGAAAGUAGACAAGAUUCAAAAUAUGGCAUCACAAAAUAUGAAAAAAUCAGUAGAUAAUGCAAAAUCGACAAACUCAAUGUCGAAAAACAGUUCUUUGAAGCCUCAGAUAAGUGCUCAACCGAAUCAAGUUUCAAAACGAACAACCAUCAAGUCAAAUAACCAAAAGAAGAAUACAAAGAUUGAAAAACCGAUCAUAAUUCAUGAAGCUUUGCAAAUCGAUUCGCCCAAUCAAGAACAAACUAAAGAUUUUGAAGUUACAGUUAAAGAAAUUGACAAUGUGAGACAAGAAUCUCUCUGUGAAGCUGCAAGAGACGAUACUACACGUAUAGAUCAAUCUGAAACUAGAAACAAUCAAGAACAUGAAGGCGUUUUCGACACUAACGAACGUAACGCAAGAAUCUUGAAAACUAUAACAACUUUACAAAAUCCCGAGCCAGCCAGUUUCGAGCUUUUUCAGGACUGUAUAACCGAGUUCUUGGAGCACGAAAACGAAAGACAAAAUCCAUUGACUCCAAAAACCAUUUUACCAUCAAGAGUUUGCGUUUCUGAGGACGAGACGACGAGGGAGAUUCUGAAACGGUUUGAACGUUUAAGAAGUUACAGUAAGUUUUCAACGAAAAGUUGUGGUGCAGAUACGGUUUCCGGGUUGUUGGAAAGGGAUUUGAGGUUGUGUAUCGGCGGAGCGUGGGGUACUACUGGUUGUAAAGAUGGUUGUACUGUAAAUGAAGUUGAAGAAAUUGUUUUAGAUAUGGAGAAGAUGGUUUUGAGUGGAUUAAUUGAUGAUUUGGUUAUGGAACUUGUGUAGAAAACAAACAGGAUAUGUACAUUGAUGUUAUGAAGAGAAAAUGAUUAUAGUGUUUGCAGCAUAUAUAAAAUGAUAAGUUAUUGU